GCAGCGGGCGUCCCGUACGGUAGUCUCUCGUGUCGCCGCCAGAAGCCGCUCCAGGGCCACUGCUGAGUGUGUUAUUGUAGCUCCCGUGCCGCCCUCCUGGUACGACGCGCUGAUCGAGAGGGCGACGCCGGUCUUCCUCCAGCAGGUGUCGCUGGCGCGCUGCCUCCCGCCGUGCGCCACCGGCGCCAGGGCACGCGCCUUCCGCGCCAACGCGCGCCGUCUCCUCGCCAGCGGGAUGAGUGCCGUGGCGCUAGACGCGCGCUCUGGGCGGUGGGCCGGCGCGCUACUCGCCGGCCCGCUCACGCGCCGCCAAGUCUUUGGAGAGGACUUGGACGCCUUAGGGGCCGAAGAGGAAGAUCCUUACCAUAGGCACCGGAAACGGUUCUUCACCGCCGUGCACCGACGUGUCGACCUGUUUUCACUGCUAGGCGUAUCCGAAAUCGUGGACUUUGCAUACGGAUUUGUGGAUGAAUCGUACCAAGACAACGGUGUGCUAUCGCGGUUGCUGGGGGCAUCUGCAAAAGUAGCAGCUCAGCAAGGCUUCCGGGCCGGCAAAGGAGAAUCCACGUUGCAGAAAAUAGACACAACCAUACUGAGAAGGGGCUUCACUCGCGUUUGCUCUGUGCCCUUGAAGGAGUACUCUUUCGAAGGCGAGGCAAUUUUCGCAAGUGCCAAAGCGCCUGAUAACAUCCUCACAGUGUACGGAUGUAGAUUGAUAAACGCGGCCCCUUAUAUUGUUCCUUUGACGAAACAUGAAGUAAACCAGACUAAAGGAGAAUAUCCGUUUCAUGAACCCUCCACCACGCGCGCCAAUUCUCAGUAGAAAUGCUGUAUCGACUACAAAAUACCCAUGUUUCUAAACAUCAAAAUAAAAAACAACAACAUGGACGUUAAGAACACAGCAUUAAAAAACCAUCGAUGAGUCAAAACGUUUAUACAUUCAAAAUAAAAAACAUCGAUAUUAAUCAUCGCUCAAAAAUAAUUGAUGUUUCAAAACAUUAAUAUAAAAACAUCUAUGCUAAUAAUACAUCGCUGAAAACCAACAAUGUUUUGAAACGUCGAAAUUCGACACAAAACUAUCUGUUAAUAAUAUAGUGCUUAAAAACCAUCCAAGUUUCCAUAUAUGAAAAUAAAAUAUCUAUGUAAAUAAUGCAUUUCUCUAAAGCAUGUUUCAAAACAACGGCGUUCGAAAUAAAAGUGUCGAUGUUAUAAAUAUCUUAAAAAACUCUCUCAAAAACGGUGUUUUCUAAAGUGCUUUUAUAAUCUGUGAUUUACUAGGGUGAAUUUAAUUUUACGGCGAAUCAUAAGAUUGAUUGAUUGAUUGUUAGUGAUUUCGGAUACAUCAAAUUCAAAGGUUAUAAGUUCCGCAAGUGUUGUGCGUGUUUUUUUCCUCAGGAGGUGGUGUUGAUG